AUGUUAGAAGCACGGUUGGAGCAGGCCAGCAUCCUGAAGAAAGUGGUUGACGCCAUCAAGGAUCUGGUCCAGGACUGCAACUUCGACUGCAAUGAUAGCGGUAUCGCCCUUCAAGCUAUGGACAACAGCCAUGUCGCUCUCGUGUCCAUGAUGCUUAAGGCCGAAGGCUUUUCCCCCUACCGCUGCGAUCGUAACAUCGCGCUCGGCGUAAAUCUCACUUCUCUCACCAAAGUGCUGCGUGCCGCCCAAAACGAAGAUAUUCUGACUCUCAAGGCCGAGGACGCCCCUGAUGUCCUGAAUCUGGUCUUUGAGAGUUCUGAGACUGAUCGCAUCUCCGAGUACGACCUUAAGCUCAUGGACAUUGACCAAGAGCACCUGGGUAUUCCGGAGACCGAAUAUGCUGCCACUAUUACCAUGCCAUCCAAUGAGUUCAAGCGUAUCACGACCGACUUGAUGGCCAUGUCGGAAUCUGUAACCAUCGAGGCUAACAAAGACGGCGUCAAGUUCUCUUGCCAGGGUGACAUUGGCAAUGGGUCUGUGACGCUUCGUCAGCAUACCAACGUCGAGAAGCCUAACGAGUCGAUUGAAAUCGAGCUCAGCGAGCCCGUCUCCCUGACUUUCUCUCUCAAGUACCUUGUCAACUUCUGCAAGGCCUCGGCGCUCUCGAACACUGUGAAGAUCUGCCUUUCCAACGAGGUACCCCUGCUGGUUGAAUACAGCUUGGGUGGCAGCAGCUACCUGCGCUUCUACCUUGCUCCGAAGAUUGGUGAUGAUGACUACAACUCGCCAGACACCAUGGGUGCGCUUUCUUCCAGCGCGCCCACCACCAGUGUCACCGCAGCCGACACAGGCGCCGCUGGCGGAUCUCGCCGGGCUCGCAGACGAUUCGUCGUCCGUUCGACCAUCUCCCGCCCGAUGUAA